AUCUGUUACAGGGGACGUCAUUAGCCAGCUUAUGCAACCCAACGGUGACAGCGAGGUUCGCUCUGUGGCCCCAAUCACCUGGCGGUUUCCUCAGCGGGGUCAGGCAACACUUGGGUCUCUUUACGAGGCACGCCGCAAUUAUGCCUUACAGACAAGUCAUCCCUCAUCGUAUUGGCAUCGUGGAAUGUUCAACAGUUCAUUCCCUUCAAGACGAUCUCUGGAAACCUUCCUAUGGCUACUAAUAACCUUACCUUCACUUAUCGGCUCACUUUUCAAGUUGAUGGAACGGUCCAGGCCGCUCCCAUUAAUCAGUCGUCUACUCCUGUUGCGCUGACCGACCGCAUGGCUUGCUUUGCGGAGAAGAAUGGUGAACCAUGGGUUCACGUUGUCACUCGUGAAGGCCUCGAAGCCGCAAUCCCGCAGGAUGCUUUGCACGGAACUGUUUACGGGGCGUUCAUUGAGCCUGAACGGCAACUGAUACUCCUGACCACUGAAUGCGAUGCCAUCCGCGUCUACGAUCAGGAGAAGCUGAUCAAGGGCUCGGAAAUCACCGAUUCUCUUCCAGUUGACCGAAGAAAGGCAGAACAAUUCCGAAUAGAAUCUUUGGAAGGAUUCCAAGAAGUUUGUAUUCCCCACCAAGUAUGGUUCCUGUCUACGGACCCUUUCGUCAUGGCCGUGCGGCGAGAUGUCGAUAUUAAGCUAUUUGUGCUGCAACCAUACUCCGAUGCAGUACCGUCAUCCUGGGCACACCUUCCUGUCCGUGAAGACGAAUACAUCAACAGUCUAUGCCUGUCCCCAGAUGGGUCUAGUCUUGUGUAUUUGCUUCGACAGACAGGAGAUGAACACCGGACGGUCUUGCGGGUCGCUAGUCUUCCGCCCAUUCCAGUCACACAUAAUACGAAACGUACCGCCGUUUGCUCCGAUUCUUGGGAUGUUUGUUUUUCAGGCGAUGAUGACGGCGACAUUCUCCGGCACUGCAACAGUAUACAUGCGGUCUUGCUCCCCAACACUUCUACCCUCAGAAUAUUGCUCGGUGCCCAAGAGACCGUGUUGUGGCUGGAACUCGACGUGAAGAUCGAUCCAUCGCGGGAGACUGCGCCAAACUUACCAGUACCGCGGGAACUGGCGCUUCGCAACAGUGCACUACCAGAAGGCCGAGCCGUCCGGGAAGGGUCAACACUUUGGGCCCGUGCAGCCGCUGGUGGCGUCAUCGAGGUGGCUAAUUUUGCGCAACGUCCAGAUACCGGAUCUAUACCCCGUACAAUGACGGUGCCAAAAGAACUGAGCCUCCGAAACAUGGACUUCUGGAGUCGACCGGAGGGGUCGACCCACGUUUUGAAGACCAGUUUUGGAGCCAUGCGCCCAUUAUAUGCCCUGGCAGCUGAAUCGGAGGCAUUCCACAAUCUGUGGGUGUGUGCCACACCCACACGUCGCAAGCCACGCUAUUUUGCUAUCUUGGAAUACACGGAGGAAGCGCCCGAUUCUAGCUCUCGGUACAACUUUAAAUAUUCCGAUGACAGUGCGCAGGUGGCUUACGAUCUGGUGCAAACACCUCCCGAAGAACUCAAGAAUCAACGUUCUGCAGCGGUUGUGGAAGACAUCACGUUGUUGCUAGACCAGUCUGAGGACGACAGCGUACGUCGCACUGCCGCCAUUCGAUUGGGGUUGUCCAGACUCGAUACCAGCGAAAAUAUGCUCAUCAAUUAG